AUGGCCUUGCAGUAUGCCGCAGAGGAGAUGCGUGUGGACCGCGACGUCGUGCUGAACGCAGUGCAAUCGGACGGCUUGGCGCUUCAAUUUGCAUCAGGUCCGGCCUUGAUGGAUCACGCCGUGGUCUUGGCUGCCGACAGCAUGAAGAAGAACCGCGAGAUCAUGGAGAAGGCUGUGACGACCAGUCCUAAGGCCUUGGCCUAUGUUCCAUCGGAACUGCAGAAGGACGCCCUGGAAGUGGUCAAAAGCUCACCGGAGGCUGUUCUUCAGCUGGAGAGGUCAAUGACAGAGCAACAAGUCGAGCGAAUGGAAGAAAUGGCGGUGACUCGCAGGCACGCGAAGGAGUCUGAGAAGGAGCAAGAGAGAUUGCAGAAAUGGCUUGACCUCAUGAAGAGUGUGCGACCUCAAGAUCCAUCCGUGAUUUCGCGGGCUCGCCAGGCUAUCGAGAAGCAAUUCGAUACCACCACCGACGAGGACAAGAUGGAUUAUGUGGAUGUCCUGCUUGACAACAGCAUUGCCAUGCACGCCACGCUGAAGAAUUCUCUCUUCAAGUGCCUUGUCGAGUACAAGUUGAAGCUUGCCGACAAGGUCUUCCAGUCCGGUGAGGAGGUCUCUAGCCCGCAACGGCAAAGUCAAAGCCUCGCUGUCGAAACGUGCGUGGCAGAGUUGUCUUGGUGGGCGGGGUCGCGAGCUGUGCAUGGCCUGAAGAAGGAAAGCGCGGCCAACGGACGACCUCCUGAAGUCCAAGCCAACAUGAGCAGCAGUGUGCAGGCCCUCCAAAAAAAGGUUGUGGAGGGAUGUCCAAACAAUGACCAGAGCAUGCCGCAAUUGCAGCUUGUCGUGAAAGGUUUCGACGCUCUGGUGCAUGAGCUGCAGCGAACGAUAGGAAACUGCAACUGUAUCAAUCGGCCAAACGUGGAGGACUUGGUACCGUUGACUUUCCUAGCCUACCCUGACAGGGUGGCCUUCACCAUGUCUGGAACUGCUGAUGGCCGCCAAGAGCGUUUCGAGAAACCGUGGCUCAUGACCUUCAUCAUGUUCGUUUCAAUGACCCUUGCCUUACCUUUUGACGCCGGCAUGUGGAGGAAAAGCUCGCCCGAACCACUCCUCGGUGGGCAGGUUGCAGAUCGCUGGCGAGAGAAGGUGAUCAAAGUGAUGUACCCUGCGUUUUUUGACAUCUUGGCGACCGGGCUUUGCUGCAUGGGAUUUUUGUACAUCCCGGCAAGCGUGUGGCAGCUCCUCAGAGGUGCCGAAAUAGUCUUUGCCGCCAUUUUUGCCGUGACCUGCCUCCAUCGGCGACUUUACUGUUUCCAGUACAUCGGCUUGGCCUUCUGUGUGGCUGGCAUCUUUUUAGUGGGACUGGCCAGUGUGUGGGGUGACGACAUGGAGGCGGAGGCCAAGGGGAAGGACUCCGGCAACGUGCAACUCUUGCUGAUCGGAAUCUGCUUGGCACUGGCGGGCCAGGUGGUCCAAGCAGCACAGGCUGUAGCAGAAGAGUGGCUUCUGCGGGACGUCGAUCUACCGGGUCUACAAGUUGUAGGCUUCGAAGGCGUCUGGGGCGCGCUUGCAAUGCUUGUGUUUGUGUUCCCGACCCUGUACAUGCUUCCUGGGCAAGACCACGGACAUGCAGAAGAUGAGGUCAACGCAUACGAGCUGCUGAGGAGCAACUCUAUGCUGACUGCCUUGAUGGGCUUGUACAUUUUCUCUUGCGCCACGUACAACAUCUCUGGAAUCGCCGUCACUGGAGCACUCUCUGCGGUGCACAGAGUGAUGAUCGAGGCACUCCGAACAUUGAUCGUUUGGGCCUUCGGGCUGAGCAUCCACUACCUUGUGGAUCCACAGUCACCACUUGGCGAGGUCUGGACGCCCUACAGCUGGCUGGAGGUGGCUGGCUUCCUUCUUUUGGUGAUCGGCCAAGUGAUCUACGGAGCGAUGGUGAAGAUACCGCGGCUCUACUACCCACCGUCGGAGGAGAUCUCCCACGAUGUCGUAGCAUCACCUGGUUCCUUGAGAAAUCUGACGGCUCUGCCGGAUGCCCGGCUUGUGAGCCCGGGCUCUCAUGAUGGCAGAGUGGCUGGUAGCCCUGUUGCGCUAAGCCCCUGA